GGGGAGAACACGGGCCGCGGCGGGUUCCCCCCUGGGGCUGUGCAACGCGGGGCUCUGCGGGCCCCGGGGCCUGGCCCGGCACCGGGAAACGGUCCCCGGGCCAUCCGACGAGGACGGAGCCACGGGCCGACAGCGGCGGGAGAGGAAGGGAGAGCCUCGGGGCCUGGCCUGAGCCCUCCCCGCCCGCCUCCUGCUCCUGCCGUGGCCUUGCCCCGUCCCCUCUCCUCACGCCCCGAACCGGCCUCUCGCCCCCUUCCCCGCCAACAGCCCGUUCUGCCGCGUGUGUCCCCCCAAAAAAACCCCACCCUCCCUGUCCCCCCCACCGUCCCUGGCAGCAGCGAGGCGCAGACCCCAGCAUCACCUGCUCCUCACGUCCCCACUUCCCUGCUGAAACCCUUCGCCCCACGUUCAUGGGGGGGGCAGGCACCCCCACAAUAACUGGGGAAGGUGGCUGCUGGCCCCCCUGCAGCCCGGGGAGGGGGAAAGGGCCCUUCUCCAGAAACGCAAACGAGCACUUUAAUUUUUUCAUGCAGGAACGAGCGUGAAAAAUUCAUAUGAAACCUUUUAGGAGGGACCGGCAGCAGCCGCUGGUACACACGGCUAUGAGUGAGGAGGGUGCUGGCAGCACUGAUGGGACAUGCUCAGCCACAGUGAUGCCCAAUGUUGUAAAAGGAGCCUCCAGCAGGAUUUGGGGCCUCUGACAGCCCACCGUGGGGGUUUUGCCCCCCCUGCAAGCCAGGUUCAAGCACAGAGACAGAGGGUCCAAACCCCCAGAGCUUCUGUCCAUCUGCCUCCAGAGCAGGAGGAGACCCACCGGGGGAGACGCUGGUUUCCUACAUCAUGUUUGCAAAGCCACGGCUGGGUGAAGGGUUCCGGUAAUGUGCAGCAACAAACAACUCAGAAGCUUUUCCAACCCUGCAGCCUUUGAGCAUGUGCGACUCAAGGCUGUCUCUCUCCGGAGCCAAUGAUAGUUUUGCUCUUACCUCCAGCAGGACCCAGGUCUGGAAAACCCUCCCGCAGCCAUGGCGCUGGUGAAGAGCGGUUGGCUUUGGCGGCAGAGCUCCAUCCUGCGCCGCUGGAAGAGAAACUGGUUCGUCCUCUACCUGGACGGCAGCUUGGUCUACUACCACGACGAGACGCAGCGCGACAUGGACGGACGGAUCCACAUCAAAUACAGCUGCCGGGACGUGAGGACAGGCCGUGAGUGCAGAGACGUGCAGCCACCUGAGGGGAAGAGCCGCGACUGCCUGCUGACCAUCGUGCUGCGGGAUAGCUCCAAGACGACGCUGUGCGCCGAGAGUGAGGAUGACGCCGUCGCUUGGAAGAUGGCCGUGCUGGAGGCUAAAUCCACCCCGGUGCACGUCUAUGACCCCUACGAUGACGACUACUACCAGACGGUGCCCCUCGACUCCCACCAGACCGCCUACAUCAGCUCCGGCCACUACGGCCACCAGUACGGAGCUCCCGGGGUGACCCACGUCAUCGUGCGCGAGGAUCCCUACCGGGUCUCCGGGGACCAGAUGGCCUUGGGGCUACUGGCGGGGGCCGCCACCGGCGCUGCCCUGGGCUCCUUCAUGUGGAUGCCGUGCUGGUUUUAGCAGCCCCGCACUCUCCUGCAGGAUGUGGCCCCCCCCAAGCUGGGCCGCAGCCCCCCGACACAACCUCUUUGCCUCCCCAGCCCCCUUUAACUCAUCCCUGGCUUGGUACCCGCUGUGAGCCACCCUCGGCCUCCCAAAAACAGCCUGCUCGGUCCCCUACACCCUGUGGACAAGAGAUCCAGCCCCAAACCCAUCCCCUAUCCUCCUCCCAGCUCCAGCUUUUGCACUAAAUAACCCCCACAUGCUUCAGAGACCCCAAAAAAACCUACCCCGAAACCCCACAGCGUCCCGCUCCCACCCGCAAAAGGUCUGGGGAGCUGCCGGGGCCGUUGGUGGAGGGUACAGAGCCCCAGCCCCAAAACCCGGCUCAACUCCCCACCCUAAAUCCCUGCAAGGAGCUGGCUACAGAAAUACUGGGGUUCUUUGGGCCAAGGGGAAGAGUGGGUGCUGCUCCAAACUGCUGUUUUGGGGGAGAUAACUGAUAUUUUACAGCCCCGGCUUUGAAGCCCACAGCCCAGCUGCUUUGUAAGGGCUGUUUUGGGGGGAGGCUCCAGCACCAGACGGGUGCUGACACAAGCGGCACCCCCGGGAUGCUCAAGAGACAGCUUAGAUUAACGAUUAAAGCGGGGAUUAAAACCUUUGCAGGAUUUCCACCCCCUUCCAGCCUCACACCGGUCCCAUGGGCCUGGCCAAGCUGGAGAAAUGGGACCAAACCCCAGGGAAUCGGGGUUAAAACCUGGAAAAUUGGGCUGGGAAGAGCCCUGGGAAUAUCACAGCUUCCCCAGGCAAGUGGCAGUCGCUUCCCUGAUUUUUGGGAAGGGGGAGAAAUCACAAAGGGCAGCUCUCCCUGGGGACCGGGGAGCCUUUCUGGCAGCAAAGCCGGGAUCUUGGAAGCAGGGAUUUGGGAUUGAGGGAGGGGACAGGGUCCCUUUGGGUGGCCCCGAGGCCAGGGGACACGGGGCAGCUCACCUUUUUGUGCUGCACUGGGCAGCACCAGGCAGACGGCGAGGGAAGGGGGAGAGGCAUCGCCCGAGCAUCGCCGUUACAGGCACGACUUUAUCCUGGAGACACGAGCGAUAUUAAUCAAAUUCAAGAAUUACAAACAAACAAAAAAAAAAACCACAGCUAGAUAAAAAAAAACCAAACGCAGUGACACCAGCGCCCCAGCCCGCUCUUGCUGUUAAAGCCCCGGAUCAGCUUGUCCCUGCGCCUGACGGGGGGAUCGGGAUAUCCCAAAACACCAUCCUCAUGCUCUCCCGGCCUCCCUUCUGCUGCAAACCUGCUCCCAUCAACCGCAUCGAUUUUUGGAGAGAGAAAAAAAAAAAACCAAACACAAAAGCGCAAUCCGCAGUCUAAUAAAGGCAGCGAAUAAAGAGA